UUGGUUCAAGCCAGGCAUUUCCGCAUAAUGUCAUAGUCAUAAAGUGCUGCUGUUCAACUAGUUUCGUUAUUUAUACCAGUAUUGUGACAAAUUUCACAAAAUUAUAAUUUUACAACUUGUUUAUUGUUUCAAUUUGAUCAGAGGUUAUAAAAUAUUGAUUAGAAAUUCAAAGUACGAGUAUCAUAUUCUACUGAGUGGGUAUAGACUCGUUCGUUAUUAGGUACUACGUGGUCUUGUUUAUUUAAACGACAGUUCAGCCAAUAUAAACUUGGCUUUCCCAAUGUAAUGAGUUAAUUAAAACUGGCAAGUAAUAUCCAUAAAUAACUGUAAACGGUGUGUAUUGUGAUAAUGAUAAGUCAAUCUACCUAUUGUAUUUCCUAACAGUUACCGAUGUAAACUAUAAAUUAUGGAAUUACAAGCUCUUGACUAGCUGUCUCCUAAAAUUCAUAAUUGGAAGGUAGGUACCAACAUAAAAUAUAAAUAUAAAACUGGGAAUUUUUCGCAUAUGUCGAAGAAACGUAACAAUAAUGUUGACAUUAGGUACGAAAAAGAUGCCCCAAAUUUCUUUUUAUAAAUAACGGAAGUAUAAAGUAAAAAAAGAUAAGACAUGGACCCAACACAUUAUUAAAUCAUAAACUUUUACAAUUGUCUGAAGCCAGACGUUACGAUUGUAGGAGGUUUUGUCAGCACAACCCUAUAUACGAAAACCAACUGUUCGUAGACACAACCUAUAGUCAUGCCAACCUUUCCAACGGAUGAAAAAAUCACUUUCACCCCUACCCUUAAUCCAAAACGCUUAAACUAUAAAUAGCAGCACAAACUCAGGAUCAUCCCUUCGAAUAGGCGAAAGUGCUAACUGCCGUUCGCGUAUAUACCGCGCCGCCGCCGCACCGCACGUCAUUUGCGCAGCCGGCCCAGUGACGCGCACACCGCGCUUGCGCACUCCGCGACUCACCCGCAACUCACUCGCGACUCACGUGAUAAUUCUGUGCCAAAAAACAGUGACAAAACGAAUCGAACAACCCAAAUCUCGGUGCGUGCGCAGCAGAAUUGGAGAUCGCAGCUUGGAGGUGGGAACUGUAGCGGGCGGCCUUUCCUGAUUGGUGUCAGACUGCAUAGAACGGAAGCGGCACUUCGAGUUUUCCAGAGUUAAUAGACAGCCAAUUUUUCUAGUACAGAAGAUCAGCAACAAUGGAAAGUUCGAGGUGGUUACUCGCGCUGGUGUUCCUUGGCGUGGCGCUGCAGGCGUCAGGCUUCCCGAGCUCGCGCCGCUCCCGCGCCUCCCGCCUCCCCGCCGACCCCGAGGACACCUCCAGAGAGAGCAAGCUCACCACCGACUUCAAGGAACCCUCCUCCACCACGCCCGCCGCGCCCACCAACAGGAAAAACAAAGCGCUCAAUCUCUUCAACGGCUUCUUCCCCUCGUUCCUGUCGUCAGGACUGGAGUACGAGGAUGAUGAUGAUGACGUCACGUUCUCCGUGAACGAUGAUGCUAUCGAUGAGGAAGACCUGUCGAGGACCAUCCCGAGCUCGCGCCGGCCGCAGAACAAGAAGAAACACGGUAACGGAAACGGAAAUUCCAACAGCAAUAGAAACAACGUGCAAAACAAUUACCAGAACCAACAGGACAUAAACUCUCUGCAGUAUGACAACUCCCCGAUCUUCUACAUCAGACUGCCUCCUACUCCGUACAUGUUUGUGCCGGGGCUCGGCUACGUGUCUCAGCCGCCGAGCCUGGGCCCGCCCAUGGCGCCGCCGGGCCCGCAGGUCGCUGACCCCUUCAUCAACCUGCCUCUAGACUUCGUCUCCAACGCCAAGCCAACUGGUGUAUACCAGUGGAGCGGGGCACCAGCCUUCCCUCAAGUGCAGCAGCCUUACGACCCGUACGGAGGCUACCAGGCUCCUCAGCAGAUGAUGCAGCAGCCACAGAGGCCCAGCUACGAGCCUUCGUACAAACCUCAACCCAAACCGACGCCUAGCAACUCUAAAGUUACCAACCUGAAAGGAACUUACAACUUCAACGGGAAACCUGGCGAUAGUGUGUAUGUGUUGAGGGACACGUACAACUCGAUAUACUCGGACGCUCUGCAGAACUUCUACCCCUAGGCCUGACCAGCUACCGUACCACCACCGACACAACGACGACCUUGCGGUCAAACAUCUGUCAGAUUCAUACGUCAGAUUUGACAAGAGAGCGACGCUACAGAAUUGUUAAUUGCUAAUGUUCGGUGGUGGUAAACACAUAGUGCUGGAUGUUAGGAAAUGGACUGGCGGUAUCUAUUGACUGGCUCGUAUCGAGCUACAUGUAUUUAAAUUAGGAUUUUGAAUUGUAUUGUGAAUGGAGGUGUUUUAGUUCUUGAGACCAGUAUCUUUUAUUAAUUACGUAAGUAAUAUUUUUUUAUACUCGUAGUCAUUGACCAUGUCUUUAAUUGUAACAAUAGAUACUUUUAAACGUUUUCAAAAUAUGUGAAUGAACAAUUUCAUGUGCUUAGGUACAUAAAAUGCCUGUAUAUGCACUGUCAGUUUAUGUUGACGAGCUGAUUAUGAUAAUGACAGAAAGAUGAAAGAAGGGACCAGUAAAAUAAAAAUUAACUCUAGGAAUUUCUUAAUACUUCUUAACCCUUCAUGAUUAUUUAAAUAAAAAUAAAAGAUAAUACUUAAUUUUAUGUAAACAAGUAUUUCUAUAGACACAUAAUUAUAUACUUUGAAAUGUAUUUACCUAGGUACUUCUAUGUAAAUAAGCUUAUGCCUUAUACUUUAUGCCAGUUAAACAAUAUAAAUAGACACUUAUUUGUGCAAGGCAAGCUUCAUAAUAUUUUUAGGAUGAGUAAAUUGUUUUUAAAUCUGAAAAUUAUUAUAAAUAAGAAAGUACUAAUACGUAUUAUACACAGUCAACUUCAAAAGUAGCUAUACAAUACACUUUAUCGCUUGUCAAACUAUCAAACCGUCAUUAUUUUAAUUAUGAUUUAAGUAAUAAGUAGUUAGAUGGUUUGUACGUUUGACAAGAUACUAAACUUAAUAGUUUAGCUACUUUAGCAGACUGUACCUACUUUGUGAGAUAUUUCUUACAUAAGUGCUUACUUUUUAUGUCCCUUUUUAUAUACGUAACAUUUUGCUUAUGUAUUAUUAUCUAAAUAGAAUUAGACUUGUAAUUAAACUUGAGUUGUGCCCAAAAUAUGGCAUAGAACCAUCGCUUACCUAUGUAAUGCAAUACACUCACGGGCAAUGAAAAGGUUCCACUGAGAAAAACACGCAUUUACUACUAAAUGGAAAACGCUAGCUUUAUGACGCUUUCUACAACAUUGAAGUACAUUUAACGGAGCAUCAGGAUAUUAUUGUCAACUAAACACAAUCAUAUUUUGUUCAAAUUUUAAAUUAAAUCUUAGAAAAAAUUGGGGUCGUUUGGUGUCGGCUUUUUGUGAGUGGAACUAUUUCAUUGCCUGUGAGUGUAGGUAACAUUCAUGAAAAUCUGCCUUCCCCGUAACUUAAGGGCUUACCUUAAACGACAGCGUUUAUUUGUGUUAUUACCUAUUAUCAACUUGAUGCGUUUAAAUAUUGUUUUCUUUACGCGUCUUUAGUAUAAGUCAAACUCGUCACAUAGUUUUCUAGUUUAAAUUAUCUUAUUACUUAAUUUAUUUCAUAAUUAUUUUAUUUAUUAAAUGAGUAAGGUCAUAAAUAAGUUACGUACAAAUCUUUUUUCGGCCUGUUAAGUUUAAGUUAGUUGCAGGUUACAAAUCAGUCUGUAUUUUUAUAGUUUCAUAUACUUACUUAAUUAAUUAUAUAAUGUUUAUAGUAAAUAAUUGUAAAAGCCGUGGGAUGCAAUAUUCAUAAUAUUUAAACGUUUAUACAAGGAGACAAAGUUGAGAAUGUUAGUAAUUCGGAAUGUUAGUGACAAGAAAUAAAUGUUAUAAUAUAAGACAUAACAUAACAACUUGUAUAAUUAUCUAUCAUUAUG